GAAACCCUAGUGUUGUUGGUCGUGUUGUUGUAUUUGUGUGGUUGGAAGACGGUUGUGGUUACUUUGUUGUGGAUUUGCCUUGUGGUGGAGGAGGCCGUGGAGCAUUGUUAUCCGUCUUUGUUGGUGGCGGUUUCAAUGGAAGGGAAAAAACCAAGUUGGCGGCUUCUGAUCUCGAUGGACUCAUCGAUCAUUAUUGAAAUGAAUCGUUUACUACGAAAGUUUCAUGUGGAGCGGAUUAGGAUGACUCCAUUUAUGUGGUGUUUGAAUAUUCAUAGCCCUGUGGAGGUGAAUUUGAAAUUAUUGAAGGUUAUGGUUUGCAGGUGGGCCGCGCAUGAUAAUAGUUUUAGAGCUUGGGCGGUUGAAAGACUUUCUUUGCAUGGUCAUGCUUCACACAGGUUUUUCCCGCGCAUAAUGCGAUGGUUCCCGUAUAAAUCAAGGACCGAAAAAAUUGAACAUAUAUUUAUGACCGGAGAUUUAAAUCUGGAGUGGUAUGUAAGAAAGGAAGAUCGUCAUCGCCUGGAAAUUCGUGCAGCUUUCCACAUGGAUGACAGAGGGAUGAGUGAAGGAUCCUUGGCUGAAGGAUCCAAGGUUGAGAAAGAUGAUGACGAAAGCUCUGAUGACGGGACAUGGGAAGCAGGUGCCGAGGAGAGAUUGAGGAAAAACAAUGAAGAUCUCAGAGCAUUGAAUGCUAAGAUUGGAGUUCUUACUAGGGAGUUAUUUGAAAUUUGUCAAACUCCAAUCUUUACUGAAGAAGAUGCAUGUGACAUUGAUGAAGAAGUUGGUGGUGGAGUUCAUGAAGCACCUGAAGUUGGAGGUGACGAAGAGGCUGAAGUUGGUCGUGAUUGUGGAUUUGAACAACAAGGUGAUGGUAAUGCAGUUGAUGACCCCCUAGGUGCAUAUACUGAAGUAAGAGGGGAGGAUAAAACCGCACAUGAAGAUGAGAUAGUUUCAAGAACUGAUGAUAACAUUGUUUGUAUUGAAAUCGAUGAUGAUGGUGAUGAAGAAGAACGGGAGGUCGUACCUUUGGUUAUCCCCCCAUUGCGCAGUUUUGUUGGUGAUCCAAGCACCACUGUUGAUGUAGACCAAUUGUACAGAGCAGUCAGUGUUAGAGAGAUCAUUGUGUACAGGGUUGUAUGCGAGAUAAUUGGGCAAACCUUGAGCACGACUUCAUUUUACACUUUGGCCCCGAUAAAAUACGUUGAUAACAUGGUGGUGUUAUUUGCUUGUACGAUGUUUAUGUACUUUGAGAAAAGGUUGUGCGGUGUUGUUAAGAGGAUUCAUUUUAGUCCAUUAUACUCGCACCAUAUUCUUACUGAUUAUAGGAAACGUCCACAGAAUCGUCAUGUUUGGACGCUUCAUAACUAUAACAGUUAUCUGCGUUGCGAUCAGUUUGGACUUGGAGACAUUGCCACAGCUGACUUUUUGUUUAUGCCAUUUGUCCACGAUGAUCAUUGGUGGUGUUAUUCAGUGAAAUUGAAUUCAUUAGAGAUAUUUGUGAUUGACUCAUUAGGUAAGGGGAUCAGAGACUGGAAAAGGAUAGACACAGCUGUUGCUGAAAAUAUGGCACGGUUUUUUUGCAUCUUGAUGAAUAGAUCGGAAGGUAGUAUUGGUCCUUUGACUAUUAAACAAGCAAAUAUCCCAUCCCAACCAAACUUACAUGAUUGUGGAGUCAUAAUAUUGAAAGCAAUGGAAAUUUGGGAUGGAGACGACAAAUACAACGGAGAAAGCAUGCCUCAAUAUACAACUGAGAAGCUGGUUGGGAUUAGAAAGAAAUAUGUAUGUGAAUGGAUCCUAGACAACGAGAACAUAAGACGAAUGGAAGCCCUAGAGCUAUAUGGAAUUCUUUAGGAUUGCUUAGACAUGAACAAAUUUGACUUGUAAC